GCUUGAUGCGUAGGGCGAAGGAGGAUUACACGAAAGUAAUGCUUCGGAAGGAAAAGGUCGAUAUCAGAGAAACAGUGGAGCAUGUGCUACAGGUCGUUCGGCCUUUUCUGGACUGGAAGGUUAUGCUUUACAAUUGCAUCCCUGGCGAUCUUCCAGGUGUGGAGGGAGACAAAAACAGAAUCACACAGAUUCUUCAUAACAUCAUUGACAAUGCAGCAAGAUUUUCAACCUCAGGAUUAAUAUGUGUGACUGGAAUGACUGUGACAGACAACAAUGGACUUGAUUGUGUAGCCAUCAAUGUUAGUGAUUCAGCAAAUUGUAUCUCCAGCGAGAAUUUUGCGUCCAUGUUCAAGGAAUCGAAGGGCACUGAGCCCACCAGUACUUGCACCACAAGUUCCACAGGUCAGCCCACCAGAGUGAGAUCAGGGGUGAAGAGGUAACUCAGGCAAGCCCCCAUUUCUUCACCUGCUCAGUGAACCCCCCAGUCUCCUCUGGGGUAGCCAAUGCUGGCAAUAAAAUCCACAAGUUCUC